UGUUAGCCCUAGACAAAGAAGCGUCUCAUUCAUUCACCAUUGGCCUCCGAGAUUGACACCCGAGUAAAAAUGUCAAGAAAGGAAGGGGACAAGAAGAGAAUAAUGGAUCAGAGCGAUCAUUUUUGCAAACGCUAUAGGGUGAUUGAUCUCCUCCCUUCCUCAAUCUCGUUUUCGGAUCUCAUCUCAUCUCGUAAUUCUUCGUCGUCUAGGUUUAGGAUCUUAGGUUGUUUAUCAAGUUCGUCACAUCUUUUAGGCUUUUUUAUGGCCCAAUUUAAGGAUAAAAGAAAGAAACAAGACUUCAUACCAAUUUGUCCUCUCUUCGACGCUGGUCGCCAGUGUACAAGAGGUGCCAGGUGUCGAUACCGCCAUGAGAUUAACAGACUCACAAAUUCUCAUGGUCGUUCUGGGUUAGAAUCCCCGUUUACAGUCGAGGUUAUUGCAAGAGAGGGUAACAGGGGCCCUUUGCCACCACCAGAGGAUCAAAGUGUUAAAACGCUUUAUAUCCGUAGACUUAACUCCAGUGUCCUCGAGCAGGACAUCCGAGACCAUUUCUGCCCCUAUGGUGAAAUCGAAUCUAUCGUAAUCUUCCCCCACCGAGGAGGCACCUGUGCGUUUCUCACUUACUCUACCCGACUAGCAGCUGAGAAGGCCAUGCUUGAGCUCUCCUCUUGGACUGACAUCAACGGUCAGAGGCUUAAACUCUUGUGGGGACCUCCUGAAGAAUGGCAGCACAAGAUGACUGGUGCUGCCAUUUCUUCAACCCAAGAGGUUGGUGGUUCUAGCUCCAAUACUGCUCAUGACUUGGUAACAACAUUAGGAUAUUCUCUAGAAAAUCUUUAAUUAAACCUUUUCUGUAACAUUAAAAAGACAAAAAUAAUAACUGAACAUAGUAUUU